AUGGAAUCACCGACUAUUCUAAUUCUAUCGCUGCCGCCAAAAACUUUCAUCGGCGUGGAUCUGCUUUCAUUCACGGCCUCGCCAAAUUUCCACGGAAUCACUAAUAUCACGCCAGGCUUACAUUUUAUAUACACUGGAACGGAUGCCUCGCUCUCUAUCCGUCAUGGUCGAUGGGUUAAUAUAACAUCGCAAUCACACAUUCAAGUCCUGCAAUGGUCCCCCGCCACAGAGUCUCUCGAUCUUCUGGAUCCCACAUGCGCGACAGCCCGUAGUGCUGUCAAUACUAUCUCGCCGCAGGGGCUUGUCGACUACCCAGCGCUCCAGGAUGCGACGUCCGACCUGGCAUCUCGUGAAGCAUGUGCUUCUCAGACAGACACCUCAGGCACUAAGGACCAAGGAGAUGGGAGUGAGAGGGGCGAGAGUACCGACUACCCCUCCAUGAUCUCUCACGUAUCGCCCGCCCUUCUUACACGUAUUUUGACUCCCGCAUGGGUCGUGUCAAGUAUAUCGUCUGCACCUUCCGAUGCAGAGAUUAUACCUGGCUUGUCGCACCUUGAAGCAAGCAAUGCGUUGCACCAGUCGCCUUUGGAUCUUCUGCCAAUCGAUCUCAAGCAGACGUGGGCUGACGAAGACAUUGGCCGGACGCGAACCGACCGUGCGAGGGAUCGCAGUUGGUAUCUCGGACAUCUGAUCGAGUCAGUGACGCCAACUGAAGCGGACAGGGCUGUUGGUGCGAGACAGGUACUAGGAGAAUUACAAUUCUGUUUCCUCAUGGUCCUCACGCUGGCCAACUAUAGCUGCUUGGAGCAGUGGAAACGGCUGUUGGAUGUGAUCUUCUCAUGCCAGUCUUCUAUACGCGAGGCUGAGGCUUUCUUCGUGGAGACCGUCAAAGGAUUUCAACAACAGGUAGCCCAUAUCGAUGAUGUGGAAGGUGGAUUGUUCGAGAUGAGGGAUGAAGGCGGGAGUGCAUGGCUCAGAAAGACAUGGGGUCGGUUUCGAGCAACAGUAGAUGAGGUGUUGAACGAUCCUGACGAAAAGAGCCAAGGGAGUGCACAAGAGAAAGGAGUUGCCUUGAAGAAGGAGGUUGAGAAAGUGCAAACAUUGUUUGAACAGAAGUAUGGAUGGGCAAGUGAGAAGGACAUUCUACGGAGAGGAAUGCUAGAGCUGGAGGAUGGAGAGAGGAUCGAGGUUAGUAUGUCAGGUGCAGAUGAGGACGAAGAGACAGGAGAGUAUGCGCCUGUGGUCGUUGAUACAUAAGGGAGAAGGCAAGGCAAUCUGACCAGCUCGCGGGGGCCUUGGUUUCGUGUGAACCUGGAAAGGAUUUGAUUUUUGAA